AUGGACUCCUCGUCAAGACCCUCCAUCAACACAGACUCACCAGUGAUCUCGACUGCUGUGGGGCGAAGCCCCUCGGGGCAAAUGGCUGAAGAGAUUGAUCUGGGGGACUUCGGGAGCGACUGUGGAAGCCCAGGUCGGAGACAGUCGCUUGUUGUCAUUCCCCUUGAUGAAGAAGAUUGGCCCCAUUCAAGUCUUGACGAUCCGCUGCGAGCGGCGGAGCGUCCUCCGAGUGAAUUUGACGCGAAUCCGAACUCUUCCUCUCCCGGGUCGGCUCGGGAAACAUCGCGCUCAUCUUCUGAAUCCUCGAUUUUCCAGUCUCUCGAUUCGAGGCUCACCCAGCCGACCCAAUUUGCUCCUCUACAGCCUGUCUCUUCUUCUGUCGACUCUCCCCGUUGUUCUUCCCCUCCGUGUUCUCGCCUUUCUUGUUCGCUCGCUUCUUGUCCUCCCCCGGCUUCUCUGGAAUCUCCGUCUCGUCGUUCGCCCACUUGCUGCUCUGCCCUUUCGCCGCCAGUCUCCUCCUUCCCCAGGCACUCUGCCGGUUUGGGUUCGCUGCCUUUCACGGGCGGAGCGUCACAGGCUGGCGGAGACCUCGAAGCCGAUGUAGUCGGAGACUCAAGAGAGGCGGUUUCGCGCUCCUUGUCGCCAGCGCCUCCGGCCGCGCUCGGCCCUGGUCUCUCUGCUCAACUGCCUGCCGCUGGAAGUCCUCACGCAGGCGGCUGGGACGCAGACACUCUGAGUGACUGGUCUGUGUGUCGGCGGCCUCUGGGACCUCCAGCGAAGCUGUUCGUCAACGCGGGGAUUCCUGUCUCCUUCAUCAAGGGGGGCGCUUGGACCUCUUCGCUCUCGUCCUCUGCGCCGCAGUCUGCGCAUGCGAUUUGCUCGCUUCCGCCGGAGGACGGCAGCGGAGGGCCAGGAGGUCCCGUGGACCUGCGGUCCGCCAGUUUGGAGACGGAGGCGGACAUCGAGGUCUUUGCCCACCGGCGCUUCUAUCUGAAUGCAGCGACAGUGCGCGCUGCGGCGCAGGCCGAUGCGGCUUUGCAUGCGGCGCGAACGAGCCGGCAGCCCUGCGCCGCGAGUGGUUCCGAGGAGGCAGUUGGAGCCCAACGGCGUCCCGAAGCCGGGACUGAGACAGGCCUGCCAGAGCCGGUGCCAAGGCCAUGUGUGGACGGAGAGGAGGCCUACGCAAGCACUGCGAGUGAGAGGCGAGCGUCGUCUGUCCUCAUGAGAAGAGCUCGAGGGGCAGAAGCCGAGGGAGCGCUGAGCGAGAAGGGAGGAGACACGGACGUCUGCGCAACCGGAGACGCCAGCAGCCUCGAGACCUCAGGACCGCCGCAGGCGCCUCAAGCUGCCUCUGAGAGAACAACUGGGUCCGGAAGGCGCAUGCUUUGGUUUUGGGGUCAGAGCAGACAACGCACUGCGGAGAGUCAGGAAACUCAGCAUUCGGCGUCGAGUAGCAGUGCGGCCGGCGUAGCGAGACUGCUGUUCGGGAGUGGAAGACGAAGUGAAGAGGAUCUGGCAGUCCGAACGGGAGAAGGGACCGCAUGCGGCCUCUCUGAGCCGAGUCGAGCCCACCCGCUGAACCAGAGUGGCGGCCGCCAGCUUGGGAGAAGUGGAAGAGACAGUACGGAGCUCGAAAGACUGCUGGACUCGGAGAACGAGGCGGCCCUUCGUUGUCGGGAACUCCAAGAGUCUCUUCACCGGGAGGAUUUGGAGGCGAUGCUGAAGAAUGUCCAGCGGGUGAAAAACUUUCUGGUGGUGAAGUUGCGCGAGUGUGAGGCAGCUCUGUUGGCGACGGCAAGAGAGCGAAACGACCUGGAAGAGAGUCUGCGACAGCUGGGUCACAGCUUGCAAGAGAAGGAGGACCAGCGCGAAGAAGUCGUCCGUCUCUUGCGGCGAGAAAACGAACAACAAAAGGUGGAACUGGAGACUCUGCGAGCAGAAGUGGAGAGCCUAGAGGAGAGACGCCACCGCCUCGAGACCGAGGUUUUGCAGCUGCGAGAUGAGGGCACCCUGCUGCGCGCAGAAAUCCACGACCGAGUCGCUGCGGGUACACUUGCGACGGAGAACCUUCAGGGAACGGUGCAACAGCUGAAGAACGAGAAACGAGUCCUCGUCCGGGAAGUUGUCUCUCUUCGACGCUCCCUGGCGGAGUCGCGGCAAGACCUCGCCAAUGCUUUGGCGCGCGUCGAUGAACUCGAAGCGUUUGCCCCUCAGCCUCUGUCUUCUCUAGCGGCUGACCUUUCUUCCUCUGGAAAGAAGCCGCGACGCUCGACUUCAGCAGGGAGUGGGCGGAGCAGCGCCGCGGCGCGUGAGAAGUCGACCUUGGGCCAUGAGGGCGCCUCGAGGAGCGCCGAGACGCGAGACCAGUCUCCGUCGGACUGUGGCGCGCCCACAGGCUUCAGAGCCUGCGAGAAAAAACUCGGUCUUUCUGCUCCGUUUUCGGCAACGUUCUCACAUGGGCGUCGAGCGUCCUCUGCCGGAAAACCGCUGUCGGAGUCCUCUCCUUCGCGUCCGCGGCCCGCGACGCCGGAGACAGGAGACAGCGAGAGGGCCUCAGAGACGCGUUCGCGUCCGAAGCGUUCAGAGCCUUCGCAUGUGGCGGCAAGGAGCGAGAAGACGAGAGAGAGGCGCCGCGGAUGGACUCGACCAGAGCAUGUAGCAGGCCGAGUUGGAGGCGCUCUCGCUGCAGGCGUUUCCUGCGUUCUGCAGCAGCUCGAGAACGUCUUGACCGUUGAAGAGACGCUGAUUGUAGACGCGUCGGGGGUGUACACUGAGGACGGAGUGUGCAUUGAAUCUCUCCCCGAUUCGGUUGCCUCGAUGGCGCCGGGACUGCGUGCGAGUUGCCGACCGUCUGCGUCCUCAGGGCUGUUCCAGAAGCAAAUCGAUGCAGACGAUGAGGAGCAGAGACGCGGCGACGUUUCGUUGCAGUCUCGCUCGAGUUUUGAGAAGGCGGAGCGCGAGAGUCGCGACAAAGCUGCGGACGCAACAGCGAAGCAGCGACCAAAGUCAGACGACUCCAGAAAGGCGGUCAACUCCGGCUUUCCCCCAUGUUUCGCCGCGAAAAAUAUGCAUGCGCUGCACACAAAGGAGGGGAGAACGCGCGUAACAGAGGGAAACUCUCCAGAGGGCAGCGAAGAAGAACCACGGAAAGAAAAGAGGUUCUACUCCGGUCCGGACGCAAAGGAGAGCAGCGAAGAAUUCGAGCAGCAAGGAAAAAACGCCUGCGCGGCCGGCGACCUCGUCGUCGUCCUCUCCGGUAGCGAAGAAGCCACCGAAGCAGGGACUCGCGAGUGUCUCCAAAGAAAUGGAGACAGGGUCCUUCUCCCCACACACUCCCUGUGGCCGAAGAGAGCGAGAAAACAGUCGGGGGAGACCGUGGGCGGGACCAUGCGCGAAGCGGUUUGCUCCGUCUGGCAAGCUGCUCAAGACGUCUUGGCGGAGAAGACUCACCAAUUUCUUCAACCUGCAGGAUCUGUCCAUUCCGCGAAUGUUUGCCUGGAUCCUAGCUCAGACACGGCUGAAGAAAGUCCAGUUUCCGAUACGUUCUCCGAGUCCAGAAACGCCCAAAAGAGUCCACCUACAUCCAUGUCUUCUUGUCCGCGUCUGUGUUCUUCUGCUUGUUCUUCUUCGCCUCCUUCUCUGUCGACCUUUCUCUUGAAGACGGUUAAAGGCGCGCAAGCGCAGGGUCCAUCGUCUUCUCCGGCGUCGCAUGCGUCCUCGCCGUGGAAAUCCCUUCUGCAGAGACACCGCGAGGCUCGAGGCAUGCCGCUCUUCGGCAGUACACCGUACCCUUCAGCGGGCGGAGGGGUGGCGAAGCCGGCCUUUUCGGAGACAGGGGCCAGUGUGGGGGGGAGACAGGUCUCGCGUCGGCAGGAGAAGGAGAUGAAAUCUGUCUCCGUGAGGACGAGGCGACGACAGAGGACUCGCGAGCGAGAACCCGAAGAGGCCGAGAGCGAGAGACAGAGAGAGAGCGCCGGAGUCAGUGGAGAGAGCGCCGGAGUCAGUGGAGAGAGCGCCGGAGUCAGUGGAGAGAGCGCCGGAGAGGGGAGAGCACGGAGAGCGAGAGACAGAAAAGGAAUCGGGAACUCGGUGCAGGCACUGUGUUUGGCACAGGAAGAUGCAGAGAGCGCGAAGGAAGAACGAGAGCGACCGAGAAUGUCGACGAGAGUCGAAGGAGGAAACAUGGCGGAGGAAGUGGAGGAGGACGUUCCGAGCUUUGGAGUUGCGGAGGAAGACAGAAACAACGCAGAAGGAGUCAAGGGAGACACAACUCACUGGCGUACAUCAGGCGCUCGCAAGAGAGGAGAAGACGACAGAGACGAGGAAGAAGCCACAGCGAAGGGAGAAGAAGAAAGUGACGGAGGUGGAGAACGGGCAGAGAGGGAGACCGAGGAAACUCCAGAGGAGGCGAGAGAGCAGGAGAAACAGAAUGAGAGGGAGGCAAGUCUCGGGGAGAGGGGCGAAGAAGGAAGAGACGAAGAUGAGAAGAAAACAGAGGAAGGAGAGAAGACAGACAAGGACUCAAAGGCAGUUGAGGAAGGGAAAGAGAGACUAGGAUAA